AUGUGGCGAGACCGCACGAACCUCUACAUCUCCUACCGGCAGUCCUACGCCCAUCACCCGGCUCAGCGCAACCGGUAUGGGCCGUCUAACGCGAACGACCGCUUUGGCGGCGGUGGCGGUGGCGGGGGGGCUCCUGGGUUGUUGUUCUCAGCGGACGAGGACAGGCGAGGGCUCUUAUCUUCGGGCGCAUACGACGUGGACGACGGCGACGCGGUGAUCGAGAUGGACCUGUUGCCGCCGAGGUGGGCCGACAUUUCGGACGAAGUUACGGAGCUGCUAGCCGAUAUCGCGAGCAAAAGCCAGAUGUUGGAACGAUUGCACCAGAAACAUGUGCUUCCGGGUUUUGAUGACGAGGAGACCAAGAAGGCCGAGGAGCAGGAGAUUGAGCGGCUGACGCAAGUCAUCACGCGCGGCUUCCAUGACUGCCAUCGUUGCAUUCAGAGGAUUGAGCAACUAGUGCGCGAGGGGAAAGCUAACGGCCAGAUGACCCGCGCAGACGAGACCAUGGCGAAGAAUGUGAAGAUCAACCUAGCAACAAGGGUCCAGGAGGCGAGCGCCGGGUUCCGCAAAAAGCAGAGCGCCUAUCUUAAAAAGCUCAGAGGCAUGGCUGGGCUGGCGAGUCCAGUCGAACGUUCUUCGACACCUUUGGCUGGGGGGAGCUAUACCGAUCCGUCGCUCCUAGAAUCCGACGCAGACAGGACAUACUCGCAAUCGACAUUACAGGCCCCGUCCCACCAAAAGCUUCUGCAUUCAAACGACGCCGCAAUAUCCCAACGUGAGCGGGAAAUUGAGGAGAUCGCCCAAGGCAUUAUCGAGCUAUCGGACCUCUUCCGAGACCUUCAGACCAUGGUCAUCGACCAGGGCACCAUGUUAGACAGGAUCGACUACAACGUGGAACGCAUGGCCACUGAAUUGAAAGGGGCCGAAAAGGAACUCAAGACAACUGAGCGUUAUCAGAGAAAGACGAUUAAGCGAAAGAUUAUUUUCCUUCUUCUACUAAUUAUCGCAGCCAUGAUAAUAUUGCUGCUGAUCAAGCCGAAGAAGCGCGGGGGCACUGAAGCUUCUGAAAAUGAGAGGUGA